AAGGAUAGACUAUGAAUUACUUUUCACCCUUCAACACAGAAUCUGCUGCUUGGCAUGUAUCAGAACUUGAGAAGUUUGGAUAGUUGCGCAAGUCACUAUGAGCAAAACUUACAUGAUAUGAAGCUGCUCGUACCAUCAUCAAAACUUUUGGAUGUUAGAUACGAAGAACUAGCUUCAAAACUUCUUAAUUAGCAUUGUGCCAUCAAGAUGUUUCGCAAGUUAAGACGAGUGUUCAGCGUGCGGAGUGUUCUCUCUCAUAAUAUUAAGAAGAGGCAGAAUUCCGCCUUUGAAGAGGUGGAUAAAGGGCAGCCCUGUUUGAGCUGUGGAGAUAAGUGCCUAGGAUUUGUGCCACAUAAAUGGAGGAGUACAUGCGCAUCAUGCCACUGUGGUAGAGAAGACCAUGACAUCAUACAUGAUAACUUAGUUACUGUUUUUGAGAGAUUAAAUAUUCCAAUUGAGGACCAUGCUCAGCUACAGAGGACUAAAGAGAAGGCUCUGGCCCUGGGCUACUCAUGGGUACCACAAGGCCUAUCUGUUACUAAGAUUGAGGAUUUCAUGAACUCAUUACCCAAUAAUCAAAUUCCAAGACUACAUACGCCUGGUGAGAAGUACCGAGACAGGCAGCUGAUCAUUCAGAUACCCAAACAAGAUGUCUCAGAAGAAUUCUGUCACUUCCUCGGUGAUGCGGCAACCAAUGAAAGCUUCACGCAAUUCCUAGAGCUACGAGAUGAAACAGCGUUCGGGAUCGGCAAAGUCAAAGACUAUUUACCUCAAGAUACGGAAUGUUUCAAGUGUGGUGGAGAGAUCGAAGCAGGAGAGAUUGGUAUCUUUGUGGAUAAGAUGGAGGAGGAGGCUUGCUGCUGGCAUCCAUUCUGUUUUACCUGUAAUACAUGUGAAGAACUACUGGUUGAUACAGGAUACUUCUUCAGGGAUGGACAGAUCCACUGUGAACGGCACUAUGCAGAAUCCAUAAUGCCCCGCUGUGCCUCAUGUGAUGAGCUGAUUUUCACUGGAGAGUACGUGAGAGCCAUGGAUGAAAACUUCCACAGCGGUCACUUCUGCUGCCAGCAGUGUGACAAAGCUUUGAGUGGACAGAGUUACAUCUUAAAAGAAGAGAAACCGUUCUGUGUGGCUUGCUAUGAUGAUAACUUUGCUAAUGAAUGCGCUGAGUGUAACCAGAAGAUAGGACACGAUAGCAAGGAUCUUAUUUUCAAGUCAAAGCAUUACCAUGAGACAUGCUUUGAAGCCCGCUACACAUGUUCUAUGUGCAAGGCGUCUCUUGCAGACAAGGCCUUCGGUAACUGGGAUGGACAACUCUGCUGCCUCCAAUGUUAUGAGAAGAACUUGGCCAAGAACUGCCAAGCAUGUGGAGAAUUAAUAAAGCCUGGAAUGAAACGUCUUGGAUUCCAGGGUAAGGAAUGGCACGACAAGUGCUUCAGAUGCAAGGUUUGCGACAAGCAUAUCGGAGGGGGCAGCUUCGUACCCAAGGAGGACAACAUUUACUGCAGUACGUGUUACGAGGAGACCUUUGGUACCAAAUGUGCUGGUUGCGGCAAGAUCAUCUCUACCGGUGGAUUGCAGUAUAAGAACGAGCCAUGGCAUAGAGAAUGUUUUGGGUGUGCAGAGUGUGGCAAGUCUCUCUAUAACACCCGCUUCACGGUGAGGGAUGACAAGAGACUCUGCGCUGACUGCUUUGGAGAGAGGUAUGCCAGGAAAUGCUCAGAAUGCAAGCAACCCAUCGUUGGUCAAGGAGGGACCAAAUAUGUGUGCUUUGAGCAGAGGAAUUGGCACAACAAAUGCUUCAACUGCAAAAAGUGUCAAGUCUCUCUUGUGAAUGAGUGCUUUGUGACGGAAGGAGAGGAGAUCAUUUGCCCUAACUGUGCACAAGGCUAGACGAGGAGUACUUCCUGACCCCACCCAUCUUAGCCCCCCCCCCUCCCCACCCUCCUCAUGCCCCACCCCUAGGCCCCACCCUUAUUAUGUAGUGUAUAGCUCAUAGUAUCUUCUUGCUAGUUUAUCAUUUCUG